CAGCACUAUGCCGAAGGCUAGACCGACAUCAUCCACCAGCAGCACGACUAGACCGUCGAGGCGUGAGAAAAAAGCGAAACAGCAGAAGCAACCGAAAAAGCAGAAGCAGCCGUUUUCCUCUCCUUCACCCACAGACGAUGAAGACGCCGUAGCCCCUCUUUCCACAUCUUUCCACUGGUACAAGGAUUUCUACGACCCGAGGACGAAGAAAUCCACACGAAAAUUCAUCCCAAACACCGAAG